GUAGCUGUGCUUGAGGAGCGAAUGAUACCGUUCAUAACAUAUUGUAUUAACAUUAUCGGAUUAUAAUUACAUACUGAAAAUAUAUUAUUUAUACAUAUGAGGUUGACAGAAUCCUGAAUUAUGACGGGGAGGGAAUUGAGGUCUAAGGUUUCCAGUCUCUUUGACGUAGCAGCGCAACACAAGUCCAUGAAAAACGCUGGUUCCAGUAUCAUCUCGUUCGUCGUUGAUCCUCGUCGUCAAAGUUCUACUGCUCCCAUGCCGCCAAGAUUUAGAAAGGUCUUCUACGAGAAUACCUAUCAGCUGGACCCACCUGCCAAGUUCCGACCAGACAAAGUGAAGCCUAUCAUUGAGAAGGUCCUGGAGGCUAAUCUUGAAGGGAGGAAGUAUGAUCCAUUAGAAUGCGCUAAUCUGUCCAAAAAGCUCUCCGAUGAAAUCAAACAGAGAGUCAAACAACUGAACUUCAAGAGAUAUAAGUUGGUGUGCACGGUGACUAUCGGACAGAAACACGACCAGAGCGUACAGAUGGGGUCACAGUACCUCUGGGAUGCCGACAGGGACAAUUUCGCUGCCGCCUCGUUCCACAAUCGCCACAUCUUCGCCGACGGUUCUGUGUACGCCCUCUACUACGAGUGAUGAAAUGUGUUCGUUUAUGACGUCAUUUACAUGGUUCUAGUCAUUCUUAACACUUAUUUGUGAUUCCAUAAUCAAAAUGACUGAAGUAUUUUACUGAUAUGUUAUUUUUUGUACGAUUUAGAUAAACAAGUUGUUCAGCUGUA